UUCAAGGCCUUCCCCCCGACUUUGGAGGACAGACUGCAGGGCAGUGGUGUGUGCUGCGUCACAGUGGCGUUCUUCUUUUCCUGGCUGGAUUGAUGGCUCUGCAAGUGGUCUUUCUGUGAGAGCAUCACUCAGCAGGCACAGGUCCCCCACUUGCCUACAAGGGACUCACACUGGUGACUGGAGGCAGCCCCGCCGCCCGCCCGCUGGUCCAGAAGAGAAUGGAAGGCCUUCAGAAGAGCACAUAUGGAACUAUAGUUGAAGGGAACAGGGGCGUCUACCAUGCAGCAGAAUCAUACUGGCUGAGGAUCCUCCUGGUGGGCAAAUCUGGCUGUGGGAAAAGUGCCACAGGGAACAGCAUCCUCUGCCGACAAGCAUUCAAGUCCAGGCUCAGAGCCCAGUCGGUGACCAGGACCAGCCAGGCAGAGAUAGGCACAUGGGAGGGAAGGAGCUUCCUAGUGGUAGACACACCCCCCAUCUUUGAGUCAAAGGCUCAGAACCAAGACAUGGACAAGGACAUUGGAGACUGCUACCUGCUGUGUGCCCCAGGCCCCCACGUGCUGCUGCUGGUGACCCAGCUGGGACGCUUCACAGCCCAGGACACCAUGGCCGUGAGGAGGGUGAAGGAGAUCUUUGGGGCAGGAGUCAUGAAGCACAUGAUCAUCCUCUUCACCCACAAGGAAGACCUGACAGAUGAGACCUUGGAUGGGUUUGUGACCCACACUGACAACCACAGCCUGCGCAGCCUGGUCCAGGAGUGUGGGAGGAGGUACUGUGCCUUUAAUAACAGGGCCUCAGGGGAAGAGCAGCAGGGACAGUUGGCAGAGCUCAUGACCGUGGUGAGGAGGCUGGAGCAGGAGUGUGAGAGCUCUUUCUACAGCAAUGACCUCUUCCUUCAUGCCCAUGUGUUCCUUAGUGGUGACAAGAGUGAGCAUCAGGAAGCCUAUAGGUGCUACCUGUCGAAGGUGAGGCAGGAGGUGGAGAGGCAAAAGCAGGAGCUGAAGGAGCAGGAGGUGAGCUGGGUAGCUAAGAUGCUUUACAGAGUCAAGCCAUGCAUGGGCCUCCACAUUUUCAUUAUUGUGUGUGGUUUGAUUUUGAUUGCCAUUUUAAUUAACUUGCUUAUUACCAAGGGGAACUGAGCCUUUUCAAGUGAUUUCUGCCAUCAGCUCCUUCCCGCAAUGUUCACAAUCUCUGUUCUGGGGCACCUCAGUUUCACUCUCAUUUGACUCCCUUGCAUCAGACAUGUCAGGAAUUUUCUUCUAAAUACCAUUAUGUAAAUAAAGUAUGAAAGAAGAACGUAUUUCUUGCCCAUGACCAUGUCUGAACAACAGCAGAUGACAACUAAUAUUCAGGGGUCAGCCUACCAGAAGUUCAGACUCCAGAAUGUCUUUUGCUUAUGCUGUGCCUCCAUAUUGUUGCUGCUACAUGCUCUUCUCUAGUAUCUGAUAUGAUGUAUUUAUAUGUGGGGCGUCCCCUAUUGCCAGUAUUGUAGUGUGUCUAUCUCAUGAUUGCAUCUCGAUUUAAUGAGCAUUUAUCUGUGGAUUGUCAGGAAGAUGCUGUAUAAUUUUGACACAGUCAGGGCCUAUUGAGUUCCACUAAAAGAACUGUUUUAUAUCACAGCUCAUAUUUAUAAUUUAGAAAAACAUUUGAGUCCAAGAGCCAGUCACAGGUUUCUUGUGCAUCAUAAGGUGAUAUUAGGCUUCAAAAGAGCUCUAGAUGAGACCAGAUGCUUUACUAAUGGUUUUUUAGAUAAACAUUCCCAAUCUUUUAGUUCACAAGGCCACACAACUGUUUGGCUAGGUUAUAAAUAAAAAGCCCAGUUAAUGCUAGCUUACAAAUGACUAAGUCCUUGCACCAUUCCUAACCUCAAUUUGUGAAAAUAUGUUCUAAUUAGUCAAGGCUACAGAAAAUAACUUAACUCUGUAGUCCCUAAUGAGGGCUGUAGGUGUUCUUAGAUAAUUAAAAGUUACACACAAUCUU